AUGUUAGCGUUCGCCGUUCGCGGGGUGGUCUUGCUCGGUGUGCUGAGCUGGUAUAGCGCCACCAUGUGGAGAAUGAUCGACGGUUACUUCAAGGACCAGUUCCGGACGUAUUUGCAGGAGGAGUAUCGCAAGUACCCGCGGUUGCGGCCGGUCGAUAAGGUGUCGAGAGCGUUGCCAACCGAGCCGAGCCACGACGCGUCGGUCUGCCCGGCCGACACGGCAGACACCUGUCCGCGCGUGAUCGCGGCGGCGGUGGUGGAAGAAGUGACAGGUGGUAGCAGUGAAAACGCCGCUGUUCCCACCGAUAAAAAUGCAUUCCCGACCCGAGCGGUGCUGGAAAGUAGGAAGCCACCGACGGGCGGCAGCGACACGACGCAUGAACGGCGAUCAGGUGCCGCCAAUCAGGAAGACUACGAAGAGCAGGCGACCGCGCGUCCCGCGGAUGUCGAUUUCGACGGAUACAACGAUUUCUCGGAGUUCGAGGACGUCGAGGAAACGAGGACCCCCGCAGAGGGGAUCCUCGUCUCGGAGCUGCCGUUCAAGCCUAAGGCGGACAUCGGCGGCUUGGAUAGGAUCACCGCGGAAGAGUUCUGUCCUUUGACCUUGGAGGACGAGGCUUCCUGCGGAGAAAGCACCGCGUGGCCGUGAUUACGCCCGAUGGGACUGAAAGUACCCGGGAAAAAACUUAUGCGCCAACAGCGGGGUCCUUAAGGACACGCUGAGAGAGAUGAGGCGGAGGAUUGCGACUAUUAUUAGAAUAAAUCUGUUCAACCAGUUCCACAGGCUCGCUUAGGGACACUGACGGAUAGAUCCUGCGCUUUCAGAUACUUCGGUGUGUGAGUUCUGUCGAGUUGUUCCACCUGGCCUCCGGUUUACGCUGAAUGGAACGAAAUAACAUGAUUUGAUCGUGACUUUAGCAGUUUUAUGCACCGCUGUUACUUCUGUUAGGUAGAUUGAGUCUUGAUUAAGUAGUCUUAUAUAUACUCGUAUUAAUAUUUUAUUCUUUACGUUAUAAAGAUGAAGAUGUGAUGAUGCGUGAAGAUAGGAAUAUAUAAAGAUGUAAUAUUUAUUAUAUAGAUACUGAAAGAAAAAUGUAUGAUAUUUGGA